UUAGAUGUUCUGACUGACUUGUGCAGCAGGUGUGAAUAAUAGUAACUAGAGAUGGACAACCGCAGGAGUUGGCCAUGGAAGAAAAAGUCUGGAGCUGAGAAAGCAGUUACAGUUGCAGACUCCGCCGCUUCUUUGUCAUCAACUGGAUCUCGUGUUGAACAGGAUAAGAAACCAAAGUUUGUUCAAAUUUCUGUGGAGUCUUAUUCUCAUCUAACCGGAUUGGAGGAACAAGUGAAGACAUAUGAGGAUCAGGUGGAGAACUUACAAGAUGAGAUUUCGAAAUUAAAUGAAAAGCUCUCAACUGCCCAAUCAGAGAUAAUAAGUAAGGAAAUCAUAGUGAAACAACAUGCUAAAGUUGCUGAAGAAGCUGUAUCAGGUUGGGAGAAGGCAGAAGCAGAAGCAUUGGCACUAAAAAACCACCUAGAAUCUGUGACACUACUAAAGCUUACAGCCGAAGAUCGUUCAUCCCAUUUAGAUGGUGCUCUCAAGGAAUGCAUGAGGCAGAUACGUAACUUGAAGGAAGAACACGAACAGGAAUUGCAUGACGUCGUGUUGGCAAAAACAAAGCAAUGGGAUAAAAUAAGGCUUGAAUUUGAAUCAAAGAUAAACAACUUGAAUCAAGAGCUUUACAAAUCAGAGGCACAAACUAAUGCUCUUUCAAGGUCAUUGCAAGAACGUUCCAACAUGAUAAUUCAAAUAAACAAAGAGAAAUCGCAGGCUGAGGCAGAGAUAGAGCUUCUGAAGAGCAAUAUCGAAUCAUGUGAAAGACAACUAGGUUCACUCAAAUACGAAGUUCAUGUCAUUAACAAAGAGCUUGAGAUCCGAAACGAGGAAAAGAAUAUGAGCGUGAGAGCUGCAGAAGUGGCCAACAAGCAACAUCUAGAAGGAGUUAAGAAAAUAGCUAAGUUAGAAGCUGAGAGCCAGAGGCUACGUGGCCUUGUGAGGAAGAAACUGCCUGGUCCUGCAGCAUUGGCUCAAAUGAAGUUAGAAGUUGAGAACUUGGGAGAAACUCGAGUAAGGAGGCCCCCUAGUCCAUAUCCAUCUUACUUGGCUGAAACAUCUUUUGAAAACUAUCACAAGUACCAAAAAGAGAAUGAAUUGCUCACAGAAAGACUCUUUUCUAUGGAAGAAGAAACAAAACUUCUUAAAGGAACGUUAUCCAAACGCAAUAACGAAUUGCAGGCAUCACGCAAUGUUUCUACCAAGACUAUAAGCAAGCUUCAAGCUUUAGAAUCUCAAAUCCAUUCCCAUGAUCAUCAUAGAAGUUUGACAUCCCUGUCUGAAGAUGGAAAUGAUGAUGCAGUAAGCAGUGCUAGUUCAUGGUCUCCGUUUAAGAAGGAAAUGAGUGUUGAGAAGCCUAAAUCUGAAAAUAUUAAACACUUGGAACUAAUGGAUGAUUUCCUCGAGAUGGAAAAACUUGCGUACUCAUCAAACGAUCAAACUGUUUCAGAUUGUUCGAAAAAUAAUGACACGGAGUUGGUAAGGCUUCAAUCAAGAAUAUCCAUGUUACUUGAGUCUACACCGAAAGACACAGAGAUAGAAAAGGUUUUGGAUAGCAUUAAACAUGUGGUGGAAGAAACAAAAGAGCAUGUUAUAACUGAAGAAAUAGCUGCUUCCAUUUCUCAAAUUCAUGAAUUUGUGUUGAUUCUGGGAAAAGAAGCAAUGGCUGUUCUAGAAACAUCAUCUCCAGAUAAUAGAGAUGGAUGGAGCAAGAGAAUUGAGGAAUUCUCUUUUGCAUUCAAUAACGUUAUUUGUUCUAAAUCAAGCUUGGUUGAUUUCAUUCUGAAACUUUCACAUGUUUUAUCCAAGGCUGGAGAACUCCAUUUUAAUGUCCUUGGCUACAAGAACAAUGUUUCUGACUGCAUAGACAAGAUUGCGUUACAUCCAGACUCACCAACAGAGAAAUAUCCUAAUGAAGGAAGCUUUGGUCCGAUCUCUGAUUCUGAACCAGAUGUUGUUCCAUGGAAAUGCUCGUUUGAGGAGUUCGAACAAUUGAAAAGGGAAAAAGAGAAUUUGGCUGAGGAUAUGACAAGAUGUAGCGAAAAUCUAGAGAAUACGAAAAAACAGUUGGAUGAAGCUGAACUGGCUCUGGUAGAAGUGAAAUCACAGUUGGCAUUAGCUCAAAAGAUGAACGGGUUGGCUGAGACACAGCUUAAAUGUAUGGCUGAGUCAUACAAAGCGCUUGAAAUACGUGCAGAGGAGUUGGAAACACAAAUAAAUCUUCUACAAGCGAAAAUAGAGAAUUCAGAUAUUGAGCUUCAAGAGGAAAGGAGAAAUCAUCAAGAUGCUAUGGCUACAUGCAAGGAGCUUCAGGAACAAUUACAAAGAUUGGAGAGCAUCACUGAUGAACAUGAAAGCAAGAAUAACCAGGAAAAAGAGCUGGCUGCAGCAGAGGAGAAGCUUGCAGAGUGUCAAGAAACCAUAUUUCUCCUUGGCAAACAGCUGAAAACGAUGCGUCCACCUCCUCCAAGAGACUACUACAUUGGAUCGCCAUUCAGCGAAAGGAGCCAUAAACACGAUAGCCUAUCAGAAGAAGAACCAACUAUAAGUGACACAAAUUUGCACGACUUUGAUCAAACAGAUAUCGACACAUUCAACUCUCCAUGUAGUCCUUCACAUGCUACUACGGAGAAGAUUAUUACGCCAUUAAGAUCACCAGUAAAAAAUCUUCCUAUCACUACUACUGUCAAGUCUGGUUCAUCUACACCCGAGAAGCAAUCGCGUGGAUUUUCAAGAUUCUUUUCCAGCAAAAAAAGGUAAGUAUUGAGUUUUUGAAUUGAAGCCAUGCACACAGUUUUUCAACUUCAUUGACAAUAUAUGUAAUGAAAUAACAAAAAGAAAAGUAUAGUACUUUUAUUAUUUGUGUAUAAGGCAAAUGCAUCUGAUAUGUAUGUCAAUACUUAAUAUCAGUCUUUGUGGAAAUUUUAUUGGUUUUGAAGCCAUUUGAACAUUGACUCUUUGGGAAAAUUAUAAGCUAAUUUCAGAGUGGUUUUGUGUAACUGU